AAACUAGUACUGGACUAAUCAAUUAAGUUAAAUUUUGUUAAUAUGGUAGGUAAAUGUGGAAAUAGAAAGCAACUUAUUACGCUUGUAUUACUGCUUUUUAUUUCGAUCGGACUGUUGACUUUCAAAAUCGAGGACUUUCGUCGAAAUGGGUUUCGAACUGAAAACAAUAUCCGACCUCCAAAAAUAAACAAGAAAACAACCCGGGAUUUUAACUCAAAUUGGACCACCAACAACGAUAGGUUUAGUCCUCACCCAGAGACAACACCAAACACGUUGUUUUACACUCGAAUGCCGAAAUGUGGCUCGACAACCAUACUAGAUUACUUGAAAAUGCUCCAAAACAGAAACGAUUUCCAGGUCUAUCAUUAUAAAUAUGUAAAGAUUGCCCAUGAAAUAAGUGAGCAUUCAAAAACAGAAGAGACCUUCCUGAGGACCUUCCAAAAUGAGACGGAUAACACGGUUAAGAAACUCGCGUUCGUACGUCAUUUGGGAUACUUUAAUUUCACAAAGCGUGGAUUCAGACAACCGCUCCUCAUCGAUAUGUUACGGGAUCCAGUUGAGAGGGCAAUAUCGUUGUUUUACUUUGUUCGGCAACCGUCCGAGGCAACCAGACGCCACCUAAGUAGAAGCGUUAUAAAUGAAACUCUGUCGCAGUGUUUAGCGCGGGAGGGCGAAAAACAAAGAUGCGUCAUACCUACAUAUGUUGCAUGGUUCAACCAUUUCACUCCACGCAUUGAUCCGAAAGAUGUGAAGUUCAUCAACAGAGCAAAGCAUAUCAUUGAAAAGGAAUACGUUUGUGUGGGUAUAUUGGAACAGCUUAAUGAAUCACUGACAGUCUUCUCAAAACUUAUUCCACAAUAUUUUGGUGGAAUUCAGGACUACAUUAAGGAGAACACAAAAAGGAAUAACAUUGGAAGUCUAAGGAAAGGUAGGGACGAGCUGCCAAAAGAAACCAUUGACACUAUAGUUGACGCUGUAGCUUCGGAUUAUGAGAUUUAUAACUUUGUGGUACAGUUGUUCAACAGUAAAGUGAAACGAAUGAAUAUUUAGAACGAAGUACAUUAAACUAACAAUUUAUACAAAUGUGUGAACUAUACGUCUACGUACAUGUACAUGGUGAGCC